AUGGACCAGAGUAUUGCCGUUGUAAUUCCUGGAACUAACGAAGCUUGUUUUGGUCCUUUCAAUACUAAUGUGCCGAUCCCCUACCAUACUGUCAGUCUAAACCAUUACUCUGGAUAUAACCCUUCAAUGGGUGUCUUUACUGCCCCUUGUGCCGGCGUUUAUGUCUUUUCCAUCACAGUCUACUCAUAUGUGACGGAGAAUGAGCGCCUCUACCACAAAGUGCAGCUGAUGAAAAAUGGGAAAGUGAUGGUCAGCGUGUGGGAGAACAAUCGAGAAGAUCAUGAAGACAACGCCGUUCAGGUAAGACUAAUGGAGCUGCAGCAAGGUGAUCAGGUCUACGCCGAGCUGAUGUCUGGGAGGAAGCUCUGUAAACACCUGAAUUACAAUAUCUUUACUGGUCACAUACUGUACCCCUACUCCUACCCUUAUGGGUAUGGUCAUGAUUAUGAGUAUGACUAUGAUUACGAGUCUGAGUAUUAA